AUGCGCAACAACGAGAGCAAGCGACGGCGGCGGGCGCAGCUGCGGCUGGAGCGACAGAAGGGAGGCGCACAGGCUGCGGCUGCGGCUGACGGGGGCAGCGUCAGCGCGGCAGGCAACAGUGCUGUUGCUGCUGGCGGUACGGAUGGCAUGGUCGAGGCUGACAGCCGCCCUGCAGCAGCUGCAGCAGCUGCAGCAGCUGCAGCAGCAAGGUUAGUGCCCCCUGGCGUGCACGACACAGCUGCGGCCGCGGCCGCCGCUGCAGCAGCUGCCACUGCUCGGCAGGAGCGGCUUCACGAGUGGCAGCAGCAGCAGCAGCAACAGCAGCAGCAGCAGCAGCAGCAGCAGCAGCAGCAGCAGCAGCAGCAGCAGCAGCAGCAGCAGGAACAGGCUCGGUACGAGCAGCAGUAUGCAGAGCAGGCGCAGCUGCAGCACUAUGCCUAUGCAGACAGCCUGCAUGCAGAAGGCAGUGGCUACGAGCAGCAGCCGUUUGAUGCCCCAUCGGCAGCGGCUGAGGCUGCGACCCAGCAGUACCACGUCCAGGCGAUGCCGCAGUACGCAGAAGCGCAGUACCAUGGCCAGCCCGACUAUGUGGUAGCAAUGGCUGCUGCAGCCGCGGCGGCAGCAGGUGCGGGAGGAGAGUACGCAGAGCAGCAGCAGCAGCAGCAGCAGUAUGAAGCGGCCGCGGCAGCGGCUGCGCACUAUGGCACCGCUGAAGGUCAGUAUGGGGAUGGUCAGGGCUACCAGCUUCAGCACUAUGCGCAGGAACAGCCGCCGUACAACUACAUGGAUGAUGCAGGCGUUGGGCAGCCAUUUGAUGCAGUGCAGUAUGCAGCAGCUGCUGCCGAGGCGGGGAACCACCCCCACUAUGGUGCAGCCUCCAUUGUGCAGCAGCAGUUUGGAGCUGAGCAGCACCAUUCCUAUGCAAGCGCACUGGCGCGCUGCGAGGUGCAGCCAGAGCAGUAUGCAGGGCAGGGGCAGCAGGAGCAGCAGGCAUAUGCGGAGCGAGAUCCCUAUGCCGCGGCCGCGGCCGCUGCUGCUGCCGUCGCCGCCCAGCACCAGCAGCACCUGCAGCAGCAGGCAUACAUGGAUUCGCGGCAGGUGCCGGAACAGCAGCAGCAGCAGGAGCAGCAGCGAUAUGCCUCGGCCGCCGCCUCGGCUUUCCAGUUUCACAAUGAGGUGCCGUCUGCUGGUGAGGGCGGAGGCGCCGACUCGGCAGCGGCGGCGUACAGGGAUGCUGUUGAAGAGGCAGCUGCGGCCUCUACCGUUGUGGCCGCUGCUGCCCUGUACGAUGCCUAUGGAUACCUUCCCGGCCAGCAUGCUGGGGGCAGUGCGCAUCAGGCGCCCACACAGGGAGCAGGCCAGCAGCAGUCAGGCCAGCGGCACAUCGGCGAGGAGCAGGUGGUGCAAGCGUCAUGCUACUCGGGGCCAAAAUUGGCAGUGUAA